CUGCGUCCAGACAACCCUUGCGGGGCAUCUUUUUUGGUAUUUUUCCUUGUCACUGGCGUCGCAUCGCGUGCUUGGUGGGCAAUAUUCCAGCUGAGAAUUGGACGGUACCUGAAGUCACUUUAGAGUUUUUGAAUAAUCAGCAAACAGGCCCCUAUAAUACAGGGCUCACACGUUUCUCCCUUGCCUUUCUUACGUUCGGGUCAAGUAAUGGCUGGACUUCUUUGAACACACUUCUUUAAAACUACAUGAACAGCCAUUUAUCGCAUGGUUGCCAAUCUGACCAGUGACCUGGCCUCGAUCUACAUGUUGUAGUGAUCUUGUAGCGAGGUUAUUUCCACGGUCUAACGUCAAUUACACUCUUUUAAUAAUGUCGACAUCUUCAGGCAUCCCGGACUAUGGUCCAUUACUUACGCACAUAUCAUAUGGAUUUCUGAUUCCUACGACACUUAUUUACUUCUGGCGCAUUGCAUCCAGGUUUUCUCUGCGCGAUUCUCGAUUUGGUUAUCACUGGGAUGAUUUCUUUCUAACUUGUUGUUGGGUAUGUGUACCAUUCCACUAAGUGAUCUUCACCAAGAAUUUGUUCCUAAUGCGAAGAGUAGGUUUUUGCGGUCACAGGAUUGGCCUUUGGCCUGAUUUGUUAGUAUUAUAAUCUUGCUCGCCUCUACAAGUACUGACGCAUCUAAUAGCUGUUCGCUAUGGAUUUGGAAAGCAUAUGAAAAGUAUACCUAUUUCUGACCGACCUCAUGCCUUGUUUGUGAGUUGCUUUUCAUGAAGCCCAUCCACCAGUCAUCUAAUGCUUCAUAGUACUUCUGGCUCUAUCAAGUUGAAUAUAAGGUAUGUUUUUGAACUUGACGCCUUGCAUAGCAACUGAACGGAUCAAUGCUGACUCUGACAUCUCUAUAGUUCCGUCAGUAAGACCAUCUCGCCAAGAAAACAGGCGCUAAUAUAAUGCAGAAGUCAUGUUUGCGAAACUGGUCGUGCUGAGCUUUUAUUGUCGGGUUUUCCGUGCCGACAAUGGAUUUUAUAUUCGCACGCUCUGCUUGAUUGCGGUCAUCAUUGCUGCUACAAUUGGAUUCGUUGUAGCCAACAUCAUGAUGUGCACACCGAUAGCACGAGUCUGGGACAGGAGUGUCCCUGGAACUUGUAUAAACAAUGAAGCAUACUGGGUCUCUCACGCAGUCUUCCACAUUUUGACUGAUGUCAUAAUAUUCUUCAUGCCAGUCUUGCCAGUGAUGAGGCUAAAUAUGGACACGAGAAAGAAAAUUGCUGUCAUAGGGGCGUUUACUCUGGGUUCCAUGUAAGCGACAUGUUUCGGAUCCUCAGCGCCAUUUACUGACUAUGUGAUAGUGUCUGCAUUGCAGAUGGAGUUCGAAUUCAGUACCUCAGAAUCUCAGCUAAUUCAGGCACGGAUACCACUUGUAAGCCUCUCUCUCCAUUUCGACCAAAAGAUCCUUUGCUAAAUGUUACUGUAGAUGGAGCUGGUCCUGCCGUGAUUUUGACUACCAUUGUUAGUCUGACCUCAAUAAUGUGUCUCUGCCUUGUUACAGGUCUUCGUCGCUCGAUUAUUGUGUGCUGCCGCAGCAUUCGUCAAACUUCGAAUUCGCGGAGACCCUCACUGCCAUUAACCGAUGUCGAAGCCGCACAAGGAACAAGGCCAAGGAAGGAAGCAUGGCAACAUAGGUCACAGACGAUUAUCAGGAAAACAGAGAGCGAGGAGUCCAUCGUCAUGGCAAACGAGAAGCCUGGGAGGCAUUCAACCGUGAUUGUAAAGAAUGUCUCGUACUCGGUUCAAAGCUCGGAAGCUUAA